AUGAUGAAUGGCUCCGACCUCGCCAGCACGACGGCGUCCAGUCCCAAAUCCAAAGACGACCAAGUCGCCAACGGCCACGAUGAGAAGGAGAACAACCCCUUUGCAGAGUACAUGUGGAUGGAGAACGAAGAAGACUUCAACAGACAG